AGGCUCUGAGGGUCAGGUCUUUCCUACUGAUGAGUCAACAGGGUCAACAGAAGGUAGGCUCUGAGGGUCAGGUCUUUCCUACUGAUGAGUCAACAGGGUCAACAGAAGGUAGGCUCUGAGGGUCAGGUCUUUCCUACUGAUGAGUCAACAGGGUCAAUAGAAGGUAGGCUCUGAGGGUCAGGUCUUUCCUACUGAUCAGUCAACAGGGUCAAUAGAAGGUGGGCUCUGAGGGUCAGGUCUUUCCUACUGAUGAGUCAACAGGGUCAACAGAAGGUAGGCUCUGAGGUUCAGGUCUUGACACGUUCCUGAAUAAUAAAGCAACGCCUGAGGGAAUGGCAUCUAAAACAAUUGCAAAAUCUUUAGGUGUUACAGGCACCUUGUAAAGUGAUAAGAAUUCUUUAUAACUAUUUUUUUUUUUAAACACUGCAUUUACUAUUUGGCUCACGAGAAAUGAUUUUUAAAUGGACCACCCUUGGCCGGGAAUUCGUCACUGGUUCAUCCCGGGAUGAUUGUGUUUUCAGCCACCGGCAGCAUGUGGGUGCUUUAUAUGCGCUAGUCAAUUGAGUGAAUGUCUACUUAUUAAAUAUAGAAUUAUUAAUAUACGCAUACUGUACGAUGGCUAGCAAAUGAAUUAGAUAACUAGCUAGAACUUCUGAAGGAACAUUUGUAUUUCUACAAUUUCCAAAAGAUGACCAAACAAAACAUUGACUUUUUACGAGGUGUGUUUGUGCCGUCAUGUGCAUUAGUAGCACAAUUUCAAACCAAUUUGCAUUCGUUUUUAUUUACACUUGUACGUUAACUUCUCCGUUGUUUUUAAGUUUUUCGCUGACCGUUCUUAGCGGAUGUACAAUCGUCGCGAAUUGAAUUAUGGCGAGUUUCAGGCCCUGGAGUGAACGUAAUUGUACACAUGUAAACUCGACUAAAAAACGAGAGCUAAUGGGCUUACGUUGCAAACUUCCCUUGCUUGGCUAAUGAUUUGGACCGUCCGCCAAGAUGGCGAUGGGGAUUCCCCCAAAGGCAUACGGCCCUUGGGAUGAUGGACUCCCUGCAGAUCUCUCUCACUGACUCUGAAGAGGAGGUUCCCCCUGAGCAGCAGCACUGUGAGCAGGAGUGGAGCCCCAGUCUGGGGCAGGAGGACCCAGAGACCACACAGAUUAAAGAGAAACAGGAGGAAGUCAGGACCAGUCAGGAGGAAGAGCAGCUUCAAGGUCUGGAGCCUGAUAUCAUAGAGUUCGAUUUCACUCCUUCAGGUGUGAAAAGUGAAUGUGAUCUGGAGGACCCACUUUGGUCCUUGACUCUUCCCCAAACACAGACUGUGAAGGGCAGAGAGAGUGACUCUAAACCAGUGGAUCUCACACCUUUUGUCACUGUGACCCACCUAAAGUGUCUUGACAUUCCCUGUGACCCUCCAGAUAAUCAGAACAUCGCCUGCAGCCGCAGCUCAGCUGUAAGCAGAAGCCCAGUAGGACUUGACAGCAGCCCACCAUUGGAUCUGAACACAAUAAUGGGGGAAACCUGCACAUGGCCCUUUUGUGGCAAGACCUUCAAACAAAAAGGACAUCUGUCCAGGCACAUGAGGGUUCACACAGGAGAGAAACCGUUUAGUUGUGGUGACUGUGGGAAAAGCUUCAGUCAGAAGGGGACCCUAACCAUGCAUAAACUGACUCACACAGGAGAGAAACCGUUUAGAUGUUUUUUUUGCAGUAAAAGCUUCAGCCAGAAAGGGGACCUAAUGAGACACAUACUGACUCACACGGGAGAGAAACCAUUUAGCUGUGGUGACUGUGGUAAAGGCUUCAUUCGCAAGGAGCACCUAACUGCACAUUUACAGACUCACACAGGAGAAGUGUCGGUCUCAAGCAGAACCUAACCAUGCAGAAACUGUCUAAACCGUUUAGCUGUGGUGACUGUGGGAAAAGCUUCGGUGUCAAGGGGAACCGAACUGUUGACAUAGAGACACAGGAUGAUGCACUGUUAUUUGUGGUGACUGUGGGAAAGGCUUCAAUCAUAAGAUGGACCUAAGGAGGCAUAAACUGACUUACAGUGCAUUUGGAAAGUAUUCAGACCCCUUGACUUUUUAAAAAUGUUCUUACAUUACAGCCUUAUUCUAGAUUUGAUUAAAUAAAAAAAAUGCCCUCAUCAAUCUACACACAA